GUGUGUGUGUGUGUGUGUGUGUGUGUGUGUCAGAGAGAGAGAGAGGAUGUUGAUGCUGUUUUGUCAACCAGCUAGCAUCAGCUACGCCUACGGGCAAGCUGCUGUUAGCAUUUACUAGCUUGCUCAUUUUACACAAACAAGCGAUGCUACUUCGUAUCUGGAAUGCACGAAUAAUAAUGUUGUGUUGCAAAUAGCCAGCGACGUUCCCUAUAAAAGUAAAAAGCUCGGCAUACCAAAGUUUUGUGUGACCAUGGAUCCCAUCUGCAGCGUUUCUGCUGCUCCAGCUGGUUUGACUGUCCAGGUGUGUUUCCCUGGGGCCCGUGCCGCUGUUUUGGACAAUCUGAACCGCCAGCGGGAAGAGGGCAGGCUGUGUGACCUCUCCAUCCAGGUGCAAGGUCAAGUGUUCAGGGCCCACCGCUGUGUGCUCGCUGCAUCCUCGCCUUACUUUCAUGACCAGGUGUUACUGAAGAAUGUUACAACUGUUUCUCUACCCUCGGUUAUGGACCCAGUGGCGUUUGAGAGUGUCCUGAGUUCUGCCUACACAGGCCAACUGAGCAUCGUGCACGACGACAUUGUUAACUACGUCACUGUGGCCAGUUUCCUCCAGAUGUGGCACAUCGUGGACAAAUGCACUGAGAUCCUGAAACGGCCCCGGCCCCCGGAAGUCACUCCUGGAGAGGCCGCUGCAGCUCACCCGGGCACUGCAUCUCGCCAGCAGUCCCCAAGCAGCACAGACUGCUUAUAUCUGGAAAGGGAGGGAAGACGGAAAGAGAGGAAGCCCGAUGCCUUGCCCCCCUUAGCUACAUGGAGGCGCCCGCAACAGUUUCCUAGAUGGGGGCGCCCACGGCCCUCAUCAGCCCAGCACUUAGCAGACUCUCAACUGGACACUCUCCCUGGCUAUGCAGAGAGUGAUUACGCCAGCUGUGAGGAGGCAUGGGUAUCAAGCCAUGCCAAAACUAGUCACUUUGCUCAUGAUGGACCUGGUCACAAUACCCGGCACCAUGGGGGGUUCCCUAGUGGUGAAGUUUUAAAGCAGAAAGUCAGGUUUCAACAGCGGGGAGCACCACCGAGCACUGAUAGACUGCUUGAUAAGAAUAGAGAGAGCGGGGACAGUGAUGAAACACGAGAGAAGAGAAAGAACGAGAAAAGAGAGAUUGAGGCAGAUGAGGGAGUAGGAGAAGAGGCGGUGGAGAAGAAGGAAAGCUUUGCUCAAAUGGGACACUGUGGCUUCCACCCAAUUUCAAAUGACAAUGAAGGUGCCGGACAAGCUACGGGGAAGGCAAAUGUGGAGGAGAUAAAGGAAAAAUUGCAGAGAAAUUUGGUAGGAAGUGAUCUCUCCUCAGGCCCGCCCAGUGUUCAUGCUUGCCAAACAGGGGAAGGAGUUCCAGGCCCUUCCUGUCCAGCUUCUGCCCGGCCGCAGUGGCAGACAGGUCCCUGGUCUCAACAAGAGCAAAGGCUGCAGGAAGGAGAGGGUGGCAGCUACAGUAAAGACGAAGAUGAAGAUGAGGAGGAGGAGGAGGAGGAUGUGGACUUUGAAUGUUUCACAGAAGGGAACUUUAGCAGAGACACAUAUGAUGAGAUUGAAGAUGGCACAGGACAGGUUUCCCAGAGGCCUUUAGUGCCUGCGUCUCCUGACUUCACCAUGGCAGGCUCAGAGGUGAACUGGCCCUCCACCAGUGUGGGACAGGGUGGCUUGUUGACCCCUACCUCAAAUCGCCAUUUGUCUCCAUCCUCUGCUACAUUUCCACCACCCUCUUCACCCCCAACCCCGUCUUCGUCAUCCUCAGUGUCCCUCGCUGGCGCCCCCUACACGGGCAAAGUACAUUUCUGCCACUGCGGCAAAGCCUACACCCUGAAGAGUAUGCGUGACCGGCACGUGAAGAUGCAGCACCUCAAUCUACGGCCCUUCGGCUGUCCUGUUUGCACAAAGUCCUUCAAGAUGAAGCACCAUCUAACCAAGCACCUUAAGACUCAUGGAGGGCUGCGGCCCUACGAGUGUGGCCUGUGUGGGAAGAAAGUCAUCUGGAGAGACAGCUUCCUCAGGCAUCAGGCCCGAUGUGAGAGACUUGCCUCCAGCUCUUCAGUUAACCGCAACAAUGCAAGCACAGCAGCAGCGGAUAUGGACGACAGCUACAAUUAUGGAUUUGAAGACGGGGAGGCUUUUCUCGCAACGGGAGGACAAGUGAAAGUUGAGGAGGUGGAUUUUCAUGGGGAUAUGGAAGACGGGGUGGGUGGCCUGUUGGGCAGUGUGUCUGGGAUUGUGGAGGAGCUAAGAACUCAGUCACAAAAUUUGGACACCGGUAGUCAUGUUUUUAAAGAGGAGGCGAGCGAGAGCUUUAGCGGAAAUUAAAUGUUGAUGUGAAACAUAGGUUUACAGCACUUAAACUGUAUGUACAUAAAUACAUACAAGAAGGACAGUGAAACAUGAUGACUUGAAAAGUCGACGGACACAAAUCAUCGAAGGCUUCUUUUUUUAUGUGCAUUCUUUUCAUGUCAUGGGUAUUUUGGAAAAAUAGGAACAAUCAUAUGCUUCAUUCAAGUGAUUCUUUUUCAUUUGUGCAGUGCCAUGGAGGCCCAGUUCUUGUUUAGUGAUGCUGUCAACUGUAUAUCAGUAACAAGCCGUGUUGUGAAUGUACUUCUUGAGCCCAAAUUAAAGUUAAUUUUGCACAUAAAUGAUUUGCCACUGGUCUGCAUUAUAAAAUAAAUACAAGGUUAUAAAAAUGUUUUCUGUGCCAUAUUGAUGUCUCUUCUACUAUGUAAAGGAAAUAAAUCUUGCUAUAUAUGGUAAUAAAACAGUUUUGAUUUUUCUGA